GGCUUGGAGGGGAAGGGCGUGCAGGGGAAGGGCUUGGAGGGGAAGGGCAGGCAGCCUCGUGACUGAGUUCCCGUUUUAGGGUUUCAGUUUCGGUUUUCUCUUCUGACUGCAGCCAUGGCAGGAGCUGGGGAGGGACGUGCAGGGGCCGCCAGCCUGGAGGCCGAGCUCACCUGCCCCAUCUGCCUGGGGCUGUACCAGGAGCCGGUGUCGCUGCACUGUGGCCACAACUUCUGCCGGCCGUGCAUUGAGAAAGUGCUGCGAACCCAGCGGAAUUCCCAGGGCCCCUCCACCACCUGCCCCAUCUGCAGGGCCCGCCUGGGUCGCAACGCGGAGCUGCGCAACAACUUCAAGGUGGGCAGCAUCGUGGAGGCGUUCCAGGCUUCCAAAGGACAGCAGGAUGGAGGAGAAAGCCUCGAACCGGAGGGAGGCGCCGAGAAGGGGGAGACGGGCGCGGUUCCCUGCGAGCACUGCCUGGAUGAGCCCCAGCCGGCCCUGAAAAUCUGCCUGGUUUGCGAGGCGGCCCUGUGCCAGGCUCACCUGAGCAAACACAACGCCAAGGGUUUCCAUCAGGAGCACGUCCUGGUGGAGGUGGGAGCGGGCCAGGCGGAGAGGAGGUGCGGGUUGCACGGCAAGCUGCUGGAGUGCUACUGCCUGCGGGAGGAGAAGUGCAUCUGCAUGUUAUGCUCCGUCGCCGGGGCCCACAAGGGCCACGAGGUCAUCACCAUGAAGGAGGGACACGAUAAAGAGCUGGUUAAGCUCUCCGACACCAUGACAGAGCUGCAGGAAGGUAAAAGCAAUUUAGUUACUGCCCUAGAAGAGCUUCAGGAAAGCGAGGAUCAGAUCAAGACCAACACCAAAAAACUGACUUCUGAGCUAGAAGGGCUGUUUAAUGAUCUAGAGACAGAGCUUCAUGAGAAAAAGACGAGCAUCCUGAGUGACAUUCUGUCUAAUGAGAAGGAGCAACUGGCAGUCAUUGCUGACAGGAGAAAGAAAAUGGAACAGAGGAGAGACCAGGCUGAGCAGAAUCUUCAGGCUUUGCAGAAGAUAAAAGAGGAACCAGAUGUUUUCCUCUUCCUCAAAGAUCUGAAACUGGCCACAGACAGGGUUGCAAGUCUGGAUCUGGACACUGAGAGUGUGGAAGUGGUGGAAGUGGGGCUGGAUUCCAAUCUGCUUACCCAGUACAAUACCCAGAGAUGUUGGUUCAUGCUGCAGCUGGACUGUCUGCUGGACAACGUGCGCGGUAACUUCCCCGACUUAAAUGGAGAGGAGCAGGAAGAGACUCUUUGGAAGUGGUUUCAGGGUUCCGUGCCUUAUCCUUGAGGAAGCAAAGAGCUGAAAGACUGGAUGAAAGCAGUGUGAGAAAAGACUCUGAAUCCAUCAAUUAUUUAACUCAGCUUUCUGACACACAUCAACACUCUGAAAAUUUUAUCAUCUGAUUACUUCUUGACUCUAGGUGACAACACUGGACUGUGAUACACAGAGAGUGCAGCAAUUCUGCACAGAUGUUUGUGCAGGACACUCUUUCUUGAUUGCAGUAUAAUUGUCUUGAGAUAUGGACAGAGAUUAUUUCUUUUUGAUAUCUUUAUGGCUUAAUUAUUUUGAUUACCUAAGAACUCUGAUUCAUUGCAUCUUUCCUUUUGUAUUACACCCUCUCCCUUCCAACCACUGAAUUUUUACUUGGCAUUUGUCUCAUCCUUGAUUGAAGCCUUUAAAAGCGGCUCAUUUUAGCUCUUCUUUUUUGGUUUUGCCAAGCACUGAAUGAUGUGACUGAAUUAAAUUAAUAAAUGCAUUUCAAACAUUA